GCACUCGAGGCAGUGUAUUCCCUUAGUCCAUGCAAGAGCACAACUCUGAUCAGUGCCCUUCUCCCAUACUCUCAACUCGGCGGCAGUCGACACGUGGCUCGGGCAGUGGUAGAAGGUCCACUCAUAAGAAGUGUGAGGUGUCAGGGUGCACGAGACUGGCCCGAGGG